GCUUCAACAAAACAUGGCUUCCUUCGCCACCAAAUACGCCGAUGAGCUUAUAGCCAAUGCUGCCUACAUUGGCACACCUAGAAAGGGUAUCCUCGCUGCUGAUGAAUCAACCGAUACCAUUGGAAAGCGUUUCUCUAGCGUCAACGUCGAGAACGUUGAGUCUAAUAGACGUGCUCUCCGUGAGCUUCUUUUCACUACUCCUGGUGCACUUCCUUGCCUCAGUGGUGUCAUCCUCGUUGAAGAAACUCUCUACCAGAAGAGCUCUAAUGGGACGCCUUUUGUGGACAUUUUGAAGGAAGGUGGAGUUUUGCCUGGUAUUAAGGUUGACAAGGGCCGUGCCGUUGAGCUAGCUGGAACCAACGGUGAGACCAUCACACAGGGUCUUGAUGGUCUUGGCGAACGUUGCAAGAAGUACUACGAAGCGGGUGCUCGUUUUGCUAAGUGGCAUGCACUGCUUAAGAUUGGCCCAAACGAGCCAUCAGAGUUAGCCAUCCACGAGAACGCUUAUGGAUUGGCUAGAUACGCGGCCAUUUGUCAGGAGAACGGUCUUGUACCCAUUGUGGAGCCUGAUGUUUCUGUUGUUGGGUCUCAUGAUAUCCACAAGUGUGCAGAGGUGACAGAGCGUUUCCUUGCCGCUUGCUACAAGGCUCUGAGCGAUCACCAUGUGAUGCUUGAAGGAACGCUUCUAAAACCAAACAUGGUGACUCCAGGUUCAGAGAGCCCCAAGGUUGCACCAGAGGUAAUCGCAGAGCACACUGUCCGUGCCCUUCAGAGGACCGUACCAGCAGCUGUUCCAGCCAUACUGUUCUUGUCGGGAGGGCAGAGCGAGGAAGAGGCGACAAGAAACCUGAAUGCGAUGAACCAGCUGAAGACAAAGAAGCCUUGGUCUCUCUCCUUUUGCUUUGGAAGGGCGUUGCAGCAGAGCGCGCUUAAGACUUGGGGAGGGAAAGAGGAGAAUGUGAAGAAGGCGCAAGAUGUGUUCUUGGUUAGAUGCAAGGCUAACUCUGAGGCGACACUUGGUACUUACAAAGGUGAGAGCCUUCAGGUUAAGGCCUACAAGUACUAAAGAGUAAGGGUCCGUAGUAUUUCAUAUCAUCGUUUGUGUUUGUGUUUUGUUUGUUUGUGUUUUUCUUUAUUGUGUCUUCACUCUUUUCAGUUUUAUUUGUUUGUGUGUUUGUUUCCAAGAGUGGUAAAAUGAAAUGCCCUUGAUAAACCUUUCUCAGAGGUGUUUUGUUUCU